AACGUAACUCGGUCCAUACCCAGUCCCUUCACCUCUCUGCACAUCAAUCUGGUAUUGUUCGCCAUACGGAUACCCCCCGAAAAAAUCAUCCACCAGCGGCACCAGCGGCGUUUCCUUGACUUUUUUCUGAAUGCGCUUCGCUGCUUCCAAGAAUACUUCAACAUCCUCCGCGUAGGACUCCAUGGUGAGUUUCCUGUCGCGCUUGACGAAGUUUCCGUCAACAAGCACGUGAUCGAUAUCACCAAUGCAGGCGUGGAGGAUAACAGCUGCAAUCGGAUCCGCCCACCCGAGAAGCGAAGGAGAUCGACCGUCCCAAACAAUCAGAUCCGCUUUAGCGCCUUCGGUGAUCACGCCGAGAUCUUCGCGACCAAGCGCUAGUCCACCGUUUCGAGUUGCGAGAAGGAACGCUUGUGUGACUGAGAAGGGAUUGGAGUUUGGAAUCUCCCACCGAUCUAGGGUGUUCGCAUACAUUCUGUAGCGAGUGGAUUGCAGCCACAGCCGUGCUUGAGUGAGAAUGUCGGUCGAGAAGGUGAAAUGCGAGUCCACGCCGAGGGAAGCCUGAUCUGCGAUGUGAAGAGAAGAUUGGUGGAGAUGCCCGUAAUGCAUCUCGCUCUCGGGCGUGACAGAAAUGUGUUGGUUGGUAGCGCGCAUGAGUUCCACACUGCGAGGAGUGAUGCCCGUCGCAUGCGAAAUCACCACUGCGACACUGCUGUUGAGAAUACCUGCGUGCAGGAAGUCUUCGGGUUCAUUUCCCACUAUUCCCAAAAUGUUAGUUCUGAUCAAACAUCGUCGUUUCGGGCGACUUACGAUUCCAGGGCCCAGCGACUUGGUGUCCAGUGAAAACAGGGAUUUUCGAUUCUCUGUGCCGCAU